AGUUGGAGCCCCUUUGAAGCGUAACUUAUCUUCAGAUGCCCUUGGAUAUGGUUAUUUCAACAAGCCUAGUAGACCACUACCACCAGGCUAUGACGAAACAAAAGUUGAGCCGGAAGCAGACUCGGAAACUUGGGGAAGCUUGCUCUAUGAUUUUACCCAGAACACAACCUUCCAUGGUGUUCGAUACAUACCCCAGCCGACUGUUUUUCUUGUCAGACGCAUAUUGUGGAUAGCGGUUGUACUAACGAGCACGUGCUUUUUCUGUAAUAUCGUCUACAACAGGUUGUUUACUUAUUUCGAGUAUAACACUAUUGUGAACGUCCAAGUGGAAUCAGCGUCAAGUUUAAAAUUUCCAGCAGUCACCAUUUGCAAUCACAACUUCUUAAGGGGUAGUGAGGUGUAUAAGACGGGAAUGUUUGAUGAGAUAUCCAGUAGGUUUAAAGCCAUACAAGCAGGAUACUCAGAGGUGCGACCAUGCACCGUGCAGAACCCGUUUACAUUACUACCAAACAAAACUGUCAGUAUCAGCAAUUUUGUCGAACUAGAGAAACACGAGGUCGCAACAUUCAUUGGACUCACACUGGAGGUUUGUAAAUACCUGUGUGUGAAAGAUACGAAGUUGAAAUGCAAGUCAAUUUUCUACAGCAAAGCCCAGGCGAGUUGCUCAAUCACAAGUAUUGAAACGGAUGAUUUUGAAUUGGCUGAAAGCUCCACAGAAGACAUAUUCUUUCGAUGUAGAGUUUGCGGAAAAGACGAAUUUGAAUGCGACAAUGGCGACUGUAUUCCCGAGUCUUUGGUUUGUAAUGGAAUGUCUAAUUGUGACGACGGAAGUGAUGAAAUCAACCAAUGCUGGGAAGAUUGUGAAUUCAAUUAUGAUAAUCUGUGUGGAUUUUCCAUAGAACCAAAACAGUCAGAACUAUAUACUUGGAUGCUUAUGGACGAAGAUAAAGAAAAUGAAAUAUUCAAAGAUGACAUAAUGUGUAAUGUCAUCGGUAGUGAAUCCAAUAAGUAUGGUUUAGAAUGUGUGUCGUAUGAUUACGAUGAUUCGUCAUAUUACUCGUCGCCUUACGCUUCAACAACGUCACCUUAUGGAGCUAGUGGAGAAUCGUAUGGGGAGUGUUGCAGCUCAUAUCCUACGGAUCCAAGUUAUGAAAAUGCAGGUUCCUCCGGCGGUUAUCCACCUCCUGAAGAUCAAACUAGUUAUUCCGUGAUUGUAGACGUUUUCUUUACACCCCCUUUCCCAGAAACAACUAAUACUGGCGCCACUGGAUCAACG